UGAUUGGCCCAAUCGACAACAUCCACGUCCUUACGCAUCUGUCCGGCUCGAUUUUGCCUGCAUGUCACCGCUUUCGCAUCCCUAAUGUGCAAUUAUUCGCGCCUUUGACCGACGGCCGCGUUCUCCCUCGCUCCCAUCGACCUGAUUUAACUAAUUUUAUAGACAGAGUCCAUAAUGGGGAAGUUUUGGAUUGGAGCUUUGCUCUGCCUGGCGAGUUUCGUCGUGCUCGCCAACUCGAUUGCUGUGAUGAGCGUUGACUUUGGAGGAGAGUGGAUCAAAGUUGGAAUCGUCUCUCCUGGUGUACCCAUGGAAAUUGUUUUGAACAAGGAAUCAAAGCGGAAGACCCCAGCAGCAAUCGCAUUCCGAAACGGAGAGCGUCUCUUUGGCGAGGACGCUCUCAACCUGGGGGUCCGGUUCCCCCAAAACACGUACAGCUACCUCCUGCCCCUGCUUGGCCAAAAGGCCAACAGCAGCGUUGUCGAGAGGUACAAGAAGCAGUUCCCUUACUACAAAAUCGAGGAAGACCCUGAGCGAGGGACAGUCGUCUUCCGACAUGACGAUGACACUCGAUUCACCCCUGAGGAACUGGUGGCUAUGAUGCUCCAGCAGUGCAAGCGGGACGCGGAAAUUUCUGUUGGACAGAGUGUUAGUGAGGUUGUCCUCACUGUGCCGGCCUAUUUUGGACAGACGUCGCGGAGGGCGAUGCUCUCGGCUGCCCAGCUAGCCGGACUGAAGCCACUCCAGCUGAUCAAUGACUACAUGGCUGUGGCCAUCAACUAUGGCAUCUUCAGGCGCAAGGACUUCAAUGACACGGCUCAAAAUGUGAUAUUCUACGACAUGGGCGCUACGAGCACUGCGGCCGCCGUGGUUAGCUACUCUGUUGGCAAGGGAAGAGACGCUGACCCCCAGGCGGCGAUUCUUGGCGUCAGGGUUGACCGCUCUUUGGGUGGCUUGGAAAUGCAGCUCAGGCUCAGGGAUUAUUUGGGAAAGAAGUUCAACGAGAUGAAAAAGACGCCCAAUGACGUGUUCAAGAACCCAAGGGCCCUGGCCAAGCUGUUUAAGGAAGCUGGAAGGCUCAAGAACGUGCUCAGUGCCAACGCCAACCAUUAUGCUCAGGUGGAGGGGCUGUUAGACGAACAAGACUUUAAGCUGCCGGUGACAAGGGAAGAGUUUGAAGAACUCUGCACUGAUCUAUUUGAGCGGGCUGGGCAGCCGGUGACUGAGGCUCUUGCACUGGCCGGCCUCACCAUGGACAGCAUCAGUCAGGUGAUUCUUGUAGGCGCUGGCACCAGGGUACCCAAGGUACAGGAGGCGUUGACCAAGGCGACUGGAGUAACCCUCAGCAAGAAUAUCAAUGCUGACGAAGCCGCCGCCAUGGGUGCUGUUUACAAGGCAGCUGACCUGAGCUCAGGCUUCAAGGUCAAGCGGUUUAUCACCAAGGAUGCUGUUCUGUAUCCGAUUCAGGUUGUGUUUGAGAGAAAGCUGGACACUGAAGGCACUCCAGAGAACCCGGUGUUCAAGACUGUGAAAAGGAUGCUUUUCAGCAAAAUGAAUCCAUUCCCUCAGAAAAAAGUGCUGACCUUCAACAAAAACUCUGAGGACUUCUCCUUCAGCGUCAACUAUGCUGAACUCGACCACCUUAGCGCCGCAGAUGUUGAGGCCCUUGGAUCUUUGAGCCUGAGCCAGGUGGAGCUAAGCGGCAUUGCCGCCGCACUUGAGAAGCACCAGGGUCCAAACGUGGAAGCAAAGGGUGUGAAAGCGCACUUUAACUUGGACGAGAGCGGCAUCCUGCAACUUCUGGGCGCCGAGCUAAGCUUUGAAAAACUUGUGACCGCCGAGGAAGCCAAGAAGGAGGAGGAAGAGGAUCUCGACUCAACUCUAUCCAAGCUGGGCAGCACCAUCAGCAAGCUCUUCUCUGGAGAAGAUGAGAAGCCGGCUGAUGCCCCCGCCGAGAAGGCGGAAGAGGCCGAGCCGAGUGCAAGCAGCAGCAGCACCACUACCACUCCUGCCCCUGCGGUUAAGGGCGAAAAGAAUGAGACUGUCACGGAGGCGCCCAAGCCUAAAGUGGCAAUCGUCAAGGAGAACCUCAAGGUCGGCGAGGAGAAGCUUGACCUGCUUGAUUUGCAAGGGGAAAAGUUUGAAAGCUCAAAAACAAAACUUGACACACUGGACGAAGCCGACGAGAAGCGCAAACGCCACGAAGGCGCCCUGAACUCCCUGGAAAGCUUUAUUCUGGACUCACGGAUUCGGCUGGAGAACGAGGAGUAUCAGGCCGCGGGCAGCGAGUCCGAGCGUGAGGCCCUGAGCGCCGCCCUGAGCAAGGCCUCCGACUGGCUUGAAGAUGAGGGCUUCACCGCGGAAACGGAGCAGCUGGAGAAUCAGCUCAAGGUUUUGCACGACAGUGCCAAGGACAUCAUGCGCAGGGUCAAGGAGCACCAGAACAGACCUGAGGCGCUGGCCGGCUUGGAGAUGGGACUCCAGGGGAGCAAGAAGUUCCUGGCCAUGGCUGACAACCAGACGCAGAACGCUGCUGAAGAUGAGAGGGUUUUCACUGAGAAUGAACUGACCACUCUCAGGAAGACUAUCAAGGACACAGAGGAGUGGAAGAAUAGAAAGGUGGAGGAGCAGGCGGCAAUCCCACUUCACGAGAAUCCGAAGCUGACUGUGAAGGCCAUUGUCGAGAAAAUGAACGCCCUGGACAGGGAAGUCAAAUACUUAGUCAACAAGGCCAAGAACUGGAGGCCGCCCAAGAAGGCUAAGGAGGACAAAAAGGAGGAUAAAAACGCGACUGAAUCUGAGAAAAUAGUGGAAGAAGAAGAAGCAGCCGCCGCAGAAAAGUCUGAAGCGAACGCCACAAAGGAGGCCGAAGAGCAGCAACCAAAGGAGGAGGUGCCGGUGCUGGAGCUGGACGGCGCCGUGUCUCAAGAGGAGGAGCCCGAAGCUGCGGCGGAAACGGAAGAGAAAAAGGAGAAAGACUCUCAGACGGCUCCGAAGGAGGAGCUGUAACCCGACUGCGAAGAAGCUGUGCUCUCGUGCCCGCCCAGUCUCAAAUCGACGCACACAAAGAAGAAAAUUAUCGCUGUAUGAACCCUUAUCCCCUGAAGAAAUAAAUACUUACACUCUUAGGUCUGCCCCCCACCUUCAGGUUGGCCCUGAUUCGAAUGCACAGUGCCUGAAAGGUUCGCCGCAUCGCGAAUCCGGUGCAACAGAGAUAGUCGUGCGCGCGUGUUUCGUGUGUUUGUGCAAUUGAUGAUUGAAUUACGUCCGAUUCUGCUGCAACCAAAGGUGGACGCUCUCAUUCCAUUUAAAUAAUGUCUGUACGAGCGCGUGUGCUGUGCGUGUGUCUAUAUCACCCCCAAAACGGUUUUUGUAUUGUCAUGUUUGCUUCAAGCCUCCAUCCCUGAAAAACUGGAAAUGAAUUUGUUGACCCUGUUACAUUUUUUUGUAUUUUUUCGUCGGAAGCAAGCGCGUGAAAGGAGUGUUUGCUGAGGAAUGCUUUCCAAUAAAGUUAUUUAUUCGACAUUCGUUACAA